AUGAGAGCCCUUGUCCAUGACAAUCUCUCCCAAACUAGUGUACGGCAAGUCCGCAUCCUGCUGCCCAUUCUCUCCAACUACGCCAUUUACCGGACUCACGGAAGGGCCCUACACGGUCUUGAUGGUGUUUACUCUGCACCCGGGCGCCGGCUAACUGAUCUUGACCAUGCUGACGAUAUCACCGAGCUGGCCCCCAUUCUUGGUGGUUUCACGGCGAAUGAAGUCGCAGCUUUGGUCGGUUCUCCAUCAAACGUUGGGAAGACCAAGUUGUUUUCGAGCUGCAUUCCUGACCAGGUAGCAUCCCUCACAAUUAACGGCUGUCAACUUGAAGAAGAAGAAGUAGACGGCCUCAGAUACCUCGUGGUGGGACCGAGGCCAAGUGGACAGAGGAAGAGCGACACUGCCUCCCUGACCGCUGCUGCCCGCAGGGUUCACUCGAUUCUUAGAAAACAUCCAUGGACCCGACGCGACAUAUCCAUCGUCAAGGUCAGCAUGUACCCUACAUCCGUCCAGAUAGUUUUCCUCUACGGUUAA